UUUGGAAACAACAUUCCUCCUCACUAAAGUCCCGUAUGACGGCUCGCAGUCAAUGAGAAAGACACAUUCAGAGUCAGCUGAGUCGCACAAGUUUCUCUUUAGACGAGACAAAUUUGCGUCGCUUUUCUUCGUCUCUGUUGACAAACUGCAUCUUAAGCACUCUUGUUAUUUAAACCAUUGUAGUUGUAGCGAGGAAACAGUAACGUAUCACGCGCGAGAGAAAGAGUGAAAAAAUGGAAGAUUCUCAACAAAAGACGAUUACUCUUUUCAUAAAAACGCCUAACCAGGCUCAGGAGGAUCAAGUCGUCGAAGGCAUCCAUCUGGACUGGACCGUAAAUGACCUGAAAACACAUUUGUCGACUGUCUACCCCACCAAACCGGCUGUGAGUGACCAGAGACUGAUCUAUGCUGGUAAACUGCUGCCUGACCAUCUACACAUUAAGGAUAUCCUCAGACAGACGGACUCCACUCCAACACUGCAUCUGGUGUGUGCUUUUAGGAGUCCACCCCAAGGACCACUGGGAGCUCGACCUAAGACCAGAGAAACAGAACCAAGGCCCAUGGCAGCAUCUGUUGCUUCACCCAGUCCCAGCACCUCACUCCAAAAUCCCAGCACACCAGAGCUGAGGCAGAGGAAACGGACCUCUUCAGCUGCAGCUGCUGCUCCAGCGCACAUGCACACCCCAGCAUCUCCACCAUGGACUAAUGCGUGGCCUGCUGCUGCUGCAAUGCCUGGAGAACCACAGAUGACUCAACCAGCCUUUCCCACCUACUCCCUGUACAGCCCUCAACAGCUGCUGUGGCUCCAGCAUGUCUACGCAAGACAAUAUUAUAUGCAAUACCACGCAGCUUUGGCAGCAGCAGGCACCAUCCCCUCUGCACCGGCUUCAGUCACUGGCCAGUAUGCUCCUGUUCCUGCCCACCAAGUACCUGUGCCAGCCCCCUUACCCAAUCAGAACCCCAUCAACAACCUACCAGCAAAUCAGAACCCAGCGCAGGACGGCGCUUUCAUCAACCCGGGAGAGGCCAACCAGAACAUGCGGAUGAACGCACAAGGCGGGGCUGUAAUGGAAGACGAGGAGGACAUUGAACGCGACUGGCUGGACUGGUUGUACUCCGGCGCGAGGUUCUGCGUUCUGCUCAUGAUCGUGUACUUCAACUCCAACCUGAGUCGCUUCCUGCUGGUGAUGAGCACCCUCCUCCUCAUGUACCUACACACUGCCGGUUGGUUUCCCUUCAGAAGGCAGCAGGUUCAAAGACCCAACCAACCUCAGCCCCCGGAGGUCCAGCACAACCAGCAGAAUGAGAACAGGAUCCCAAACCCCAAUCCAGCUGACGAGUUUGCUGACGGACAGAGGGAGGAACCUGCUGCUGCAGCAGAUGGACCUGAUGGACAAGGACCAAUGACAGCAGUCUUAGUUCCUCCUCACAGGGUGUCAGUCAUGUGGACGGCCUGGGUUUUCUUCAAAACUUUCUUCUCCUCCCUCAUACCUGAGGCUCCUCAGGGUGUGGCCAACUGACCAUCUACAACAGGUGACUGAUAGAGACAGUUUAUUUUUCAGUGGGGAACAAUAAUCUCCGAAGAUAUUGUUUGAAACGUGGGAAGAUGUACAGAGCUGUCAACUCCAGAAGAAAGAAAAACAAGGGCAUUGUGUGCAAAUCAACAACGACAGGGACUUCCCGACAGAAUUUCUCCGGUGUGAUAUUGCUUAAAGUUAAACACCAGCAAAAUAAAACAGUGCCAAACCCUCGAAUUGCCAAAAAAUGUGGUGUGGAAACAAAGGGACACAACUGACUAGAAACAUCAGACUUCAUGUAAAUAAUAACAAAUUGUUCAGUGGGAUCCCAGCUCUCCAUCUACAUCUCCAUCUCCAUCUACUGUCUACUGGCAGUUUGUUUUUUUUUGCUUUGUCACAAGGCCUUGUAAGACAAGUUCAGAUACCUGCAUUGAGCAGUAGGUGGCAGCUGAGAGUAAAGAAAUAAACCUCUCAUCUGACACUGUUGGACCAUUGCGCCUAAACUAUUCUUCCUGUGGGGAGGUUUAUGUCUAUGGGCCUCCUGAUUACUUAGGAUUUGAAAUCAGCUUUUCAGAAUUCUGACUUUAUAGGCACAGAUUUAUUUUUUCAAUAUGAACUGUUAAUGCAUAGAGCCUGUAUUUGAUUACAGCUAAUGUUUUUCACUUUCAAAGAUUGUUUCUGCCUGUGGAAGCAAAGAAAGGUCAAAAGGAUUUGAGCUGAAUUUAUAGGAUUCAAGUACUUGACUUUGAAAACAAUCUCCUGUAUGUAAGUUUAUAUGUUUUAAAUAACUGGUUUUGUAAUUUCCCAUAGGGAGUUUCAGGAUCUACACUUAAGGUUAAAUUCAGGAAACAAAAUACAUGAUGAAAAGUUCAAAUGUGAACAUCCAUCCUAUCAAGGAUAAUCAAUCAAGCCUGAAUGGGAUCAAUCAGAUCUCCUGUCCAAUCAGCUUACAUUCUGUCACAUGAUCCAAGGAAGACUUGUUCAGAUAAGCAACCGGGAACUGGUUGUAAAAUGUAAAUAAUUACAGAAGUACAGAGAGAUUAAACAAUUUUUUUUUUUUUUUUUUUUUUUAAAUUAUUUGGCCUUUCUUUACUUCCAUACAGUCACUGUACUGAAUAUUGAACAACCUCAAUGUUCACAGAAGCUGACCGUGAGCAGAUCUUAAACUCAACUAAGGGAACAAAAUCCCACUCACAUACAAAAAAGGUUAAUUGAAAACAUUUGCAUCAUGAUUCACAGAAUUUAAAAACCAAUUGUCACACAUCAUCACAUCACAUUUCUUUAACAGUCUUGUUUUAGGUUGAUUUUCCUCAGAUCGUUUCACAUGAUGGUGAUUUUGACCAAAUACAAAUUAGACAGUUUUUUUUUCUUUAUGCCAAAUCAUUGAGUAUAUUUUCUGUAAAGCAGUGAUGUUGGUACAGUUUUAAAAAAAAAAAAAGAAAAGAAAAAGAAAGUCUUGUAAAUAUGUGUACACAAAGCACUUUACAACAUGUAUUUUAUGCAAGCUUCUUAGAAGGGUUAUGAUUUGUUAUUCUUCACUUGAAGACUGCUAAUAUAAAUAUAUAUAUAUAAGGUCUAUAGGGCUCAGAGUUUUUUCUGAGUUGGGACAAAGUUAAAAUUACAGGUCAAGUUUCAAAUCCCACUCAGACAAAACAGGUGAAAGGUAAAGAUCAGUGCUAUUUAAAUUACAGUAAAUAUCACUUUGACUUAUUUAUAAUGUCACAAACUGUAGAGUAUAUGAAAUUAUUAUUUUGCUAUCAUGGGUGUUUACUCAGUUUACCUUCCAAAUUAUAAACUAAAUUUGCUAUAAUGAAACUACUCCAUAUCAUUUCUACUGUACUUGUUGUGUGUAAGUAUUUUUAUCUUAUCGUGUUGAUUGUUAACGCAGGUACGGGUCAUUUUACUCAAGUCUUCAACAUUAUGAUGUAAUGCUGUUGUGUGACUUGAGUCCCAGUCUGUUUAGUUUUUAUUUACUGAUUAUAAUUGGGUUUUUUUUUUUUUUCUCUAUAACAAGGAAUAAUUGAGUUUGACUACCUUCUUUGCAGUGUCACUAUAAAAGGGGGUGUAGUACACCUUUACGUAACAGGGGAAAUGUAACUCACUUCUUCCUGUAAUUCAUUAGCACCUGCUGUAAAGUUAGCACUCUGAUUCCCUUUGGGGAACGACUGUAGUUUGUGGCAUUAGUCACCGUGUAUAAUUGGGAAUUUUAAUGUUAAGACUUGAAGAGUUUUUUUUUUUUUUUUGGCUGUGUGAGAAUUGCUUAUUGAUGGAUGCUGCAGAGUGAAUUGUGUGUUGAGGACUUUCAAUAAUGGAUGCAAUAAAUGUUCUUAACUUUAA